UAUGGUAACUGAUGUUGUCAAUGUCAAUGCAAAAAAAAAUAUAACACAACGAUGAACUUUAAAGCUUUUCGUUUAAUUGUUCUUUAAUAUUUGUAAAUGUUAAUUACUAUUGUUUAAAUCAAACGUAAUUAUUCCCUGAUUAUUGGGUGAACAUGGGUGAGGAGAAUAAAGCCAAAACCAAACCUCCAACACAUAUAUUAUCAGACUGGAACUACUUCCUCAAUCACCAGAAAGAAAACGUGCAAAUUCCGCUCUAUUUUGAUAAACAAGACUGGAUCGUGGGUAAUAUGUAUCGGACUCGAAUCAGCCACGUUUAUGAUCCAUCGAAAUUUUGGGUAGUACCGAAAGAAAAAGAGCUAGACCUUUUUCAAAGAUAUUUACAUGAUUUCUAUUCGAAACAUAAAGAUGCUUACCGGGUCCCUGUGAGCAACUUCAGUCUGCAAAUGUACUGUGUAGCAUAUACAGAGGAAGCAUUUUAUAGAGGAAAGUUGGUUAAUAUCCCAUUACCUGUUAAGCAGAAAACCCUGGCUUGGGUAUUUCUGAUGGAUUUUGGAUAUAUGGCCAAAGUUGAAUUAAACGAAAUCUAUUUUUUGACUGCCAAGAUGUAUACCGUUCCACAGUUUGCAGUCAGGAGUAGUUUAUCAGGAAUGGGUCCUGUUGAUUCUUCUAGUACCUGGUGUGCAGAUGCAGUUACAAAAUUUAACCAACUAGUACUAAACAAAGUACUCUUUUGUCAAGUUACUAAUAAAGAUGAGAAAAACAAAGUGUUAUAUUUAAAAUUGGGCGAAUAUCAGUGGGAAACCCAAAAUCUACAGUCGAUAAAUGAUAUUUUAGUUAUGGAGAAGAUAGCAAAGCAAUUGACAGUUGUAGAUAUUAGAGAACUAAAACGGAUAGGGAAAAAUAAGGUGGAAAAUAGUCCAGCAAUUUUUCCUUUUUUGUUACCGUCAUUUUCAGAUCUCGAGAACAAUUUCUGUGCAGAUACAGCAAUAGCGAAUAAUGCCUUACAGCAUUUUCCACACAUCUAAAGACUGUUUUUAUCUUAUAUUUCUUAAUCUUAAGUUUUUAUCUAAUAGUUGGUUGGUUAUUAAAAUGAAUUGUACCUUUUCACUGACUUAAUUCUUGUUAUAUUAAUUGAAUAUAUUUCUAAAAAAAAAUAUAAA